AUUGCUUGUUAUUGCAGUUGAGUCUGACAUUGAAACAUCGGUUUGGUAUACUAACUCCUGCUCUCAGUUCUGUUUUAUUGUUAACAUUUGAUAUUAAAAACAUUUUUUGUUGGCAUUGAUUAGCCUUUGGCUAGUGCUUUGAGCGUCAAAAUGCCUACUGAAAAUCUGUCUGAUAAACGCAUGUCCAAGUUCAAAAAUAAGGGCAAGGAACCAACGAAAAUGCGUGACCGCAGAAUUGCAGAGUGCGUUGAGCUUCGAAAAGCUCAAAAGGUUGAAGGUAUUAUGAAGAGGAGAAAUAUUUCAUCUGUGGGAGAUGAGGAGCCUCUGUCACCUGAGUAUAACACUGACAACAAACAGGUCACAUCUGAAACGAUUCAAGAAAUUGUUGCCAAUGUGAACAGUGACUGCCCAGAGAAGCAGAGACAAGGUUGUCAAGCAGCUAGGAAGCUGCUUUCUCGGGAGAGGAACCCUCCCCUGAAGGAGAUCGUAGAAGCUGGUCUUUUGACUCGCUUUGUGGAGUUUCUAGGAAGGAAUGAUGACCCCACGCUGCAGUUUGAAGCUGCCUGGUCUCUCACUAAUGUUGCAUCUGGCACCUCCUGGCACACACAGCAGGUGGUAGAGCAUGGGGCAGUGCCAGCAUUCAUUGCCCUGCUGGCUUCACCAAUGCUGAACAUCAGUGAACAGGCUGUCUGGGCUCUAGGCAACAUUGCAGGUGAUGGUCCAUCAUAUCGAGACGCCCUGAUUGACUGUGGCGUCAUCCCUGCGCUGUUGGCACGGCUCACGCCAGAUGCUCCUGUGGGGUACCUUCGCAACCUUACAUGGACCCUGUCAAACCUUUGUAGGAACAAGAAUCCCUUCCCUCGUUUCAGUGCGGUCCAACAAAUGCUCCCCUCCAUAAUCCAACUGCUCCACCAUAGUGACAAAUCCAUCCUGUCUGAUGCAUGCUGGGCCAUUUCAUACCUCACUGAUGGACCCAACGAGCGGAUUGAUGUGGUCAUCAAGACUGGAAUCCUUGCACGGUUGGUUGAGCUCUUGGGAUUUGAGGAACUCGCUGUGGUGACACCAGCCCUACGUUCGAUUGGGAAUAUCGUGAGUGGUUCAGACCUGCAGACGCAAGCAGCCAUCGACGCAGGCGUGUUGAGUGCUUUGCCCCAGCUGAUGCGACAUCCUAAGUCCAGUGUUCAGAAGGAGGCAGCUUGGGCAGUGUCCAACAUUGCAGCUGGACCCUGCCAACAGAUCCAACAGCUCAUCACGUGUGGAUUGUUGGCUCCUCUAGUGGAUCUCCUAAGGAAUGGCGACUUCAAAACCCAGCGAGAGGCAGUAUGGGCAGUGACCAACUACACAAGUGGUGGGACUGUGGACCAAGUUGUUCAUCUGGUCAAGUGUGGCACUUUAGAGGCCAUCUUGAACUUGCUUCAAGUUAAAGACACCAAGACUGUCCUGGUCAUCCUAGACGCCAUAAAUAACAUUUUCUUGGCUGCUGAGAAACUUGGGGAGGUGGAUAAGCUUUGUUUGUUGGUAGAGGAAGUGGGAGGGCUGGAUCGAAUUGAGUUUCUUCAAAACCAUGAGAACAAUGCUGUUUAUCGGGCAGCUCAAGCUCUUAUUGAGAAGUAUUUCAGUGAGGAUGGCGACAAUCCGUGUCUGACAACUGAAGCCACAGAUGCAAACUUUGUCUUUGGAGCAUCUGAUGUCCAAAAGAGAUUUGACUUCUGAUUUCUUUUAUUAAAAAGCUUCAACUGAAUAAAUAUUUUUGCAUUAUAUUCUGGCCUAUUUCUUUUGCGCUCAGAUUUCAGGGCAAGGCAGUUGUAAAAAUUUGUACAAAAUAAUUUAAUAUGGCCAUGCUGGCAAGGUAGCCUAGUUUGAUUCUUGUA